GGCAAGCCUUGCGCUCGCUGCCUGCCCGAUCCUAGGCAGUCCUCUGCUCUAGCCAGCAGGGACGGAGGAGCCUCUCGAAGCACCCACCCUAAGAGCGCACCCAAGGGUGCGCACCGGCCAUCUCUUCCCUCCACUCCCCUGGUUACCUGGGUGCUAGAGCCUUCCGAGCCAGGAACGCCUGCCCUUAACCCCACCCCGGGAUCAGGAGCACCGUCGCCGCCAUCUUCGGAAGGUCAUGUAUUUUCAGGAUGACGACAAGUUGCACAAUCCAAAGUCGUGGCAGAGAAGUCUUAUUAAUGGCUAUUAGUCGUGAUGGUUACAUGGAAACUCCAUGUCAAGAGGGCCUAAGCGUGCCUUUUUUCCUUCCUGGUUCCCCACCUUUAAGAGCUCCUGGAGCUUGGCUAAUCUCAGCUGCAAUCCUAAAUACACUGACCUGUGGUGUCCGUUCCAUGCCGUGGUGUUCAACUUCAUUGUCGUGAUGCUCUUGGCCUGCCACACGCGGGCUGUCUUUGCUGACCCAGGCAUGGUCCCGCUCCCUGACACAGCCAUUGACUUCUCUGACCUGCGGAGUAGCAGUGGCAGCGCAUCACACAAGAACAGCCGUAACAACGAGGACUGGACGGUGUGUAACCACUGCGAGACGUACCGGCCACCCCGGGCGCACCACUGCCGCGUCUGCCACCGCUGUGUGCGCCGCAUGGACCAUCACUGCCCUUGGAUCAACAACUGCGUGGGGGAGCUCAACCAGAAAUACUUCAUCCAGUUUCUCUUCUAUACAGGCUUGGCUAGCCUUUACGCCAUGGGGCUGGUCUUGACCACCUGGCUUUGGCCCGCGGACAAGAGCUCGUCAGGGAAAGCAGAAGGAACCGAAGGAGGCGUUCCCGGCAACCGCAUCCAAAUCGCUCACCGUAUCGUCUUGCUGGUGGAAUCCAUCCUCUUUGGGCUCUUUGUCACAGUCAUAUUUUAUGACCAGCUGGUCUCCAUCAUCACGGACGAGACCCCGAUUGAGCAGCUGCGCAAUCGGCUCCUGAAAGAGGCGCGGCGGGAAGUGUUGCAUACGCGCAAACCCAAGAUUGCCCUCCUGCGGGAAGUCUUUGGCCGAGGUCUCGUCAUCUGCUGGCUCUUCCCAUGUAACUGCAGCUCUCCAUCAGCCAGCAGGCCCUCUUACAGCUACUUGCCCAACUACGAGGUGUGACCUCCUUGUCUUGCCCCAGGAGACGUUCUCCCACCUCCUCUCUUCGUAUUGGUGGAAGCAAAGGUUCCGUUCAGUUUCAUUGGCUACAUCUUGCAGAGGCGGAUGGCUGCUGCUUGUGACGUUUUUCCUUCAAUCCCGAAAGGGCAGCUGUGUGUGUGUGUGUGUCAUAAGUGUUCGACGCUCCGUUGCCCUGAUGGGAACAAAGCAUAGUCUCCUCUCUUCCUCCUCCUCUCGAGAUGGAGCUCAGCGAGAGGCCCUUGUGUUUUGCACUCUUGAUGUGACCUGUGGGCCUCUCCGAAUUAUGGUAUUGUGCACAGCAAUCGCAUUGCUGAGAUCAGCCUCGGGCCUUGAUGUGAAGUGAACGAGAUGGGCCUCCUUCCUUCAGGCCCAGCCCUGCAUCAUGUCAGCCUUGCCUGCCAGGGCCUUGCUUAACCUCUGCAUCCUUUACUGGGUCACCUGAAGAGGUGGCACCCCAGGCGACAAAAAGAGGACCAAGAGGAGGGGGGCUGCUUACCCUCUCGCCGGCUAUUUGUGCGUCAUUCACCAGUCGCGCUGUUUCUCUGGGGAACCAUGGCCUCCGCCCACUAGGGACUGAAACUGUGUUCUUACUGACCUGGUCGCUUUUCCUCAAAGUGAGAGGCAAGGUUGGCGCCCCUGAUUUCACCACCUAGGAGGGUGUUAGAGGCAGACGUCCUCGCCUCCUGCUUGCUUCUGCCUCCUGUGCUCUGCUUCUGAUUGUGAGCAAAUCAGAGGCGGAUGGUGAGCAGAUGUCCCAGGUGGAAUAAUGUUGCAUCACUGAUUCUUUCGUCUCCUCUUGGGAUUUGUGGGGGGACAGUCCCUCUGCAGCGGACCUGACCACAGAUAGUGUGGGUGAACAGGAAGAGCAGGCAACAGCACCCUUCCAUGUACGGCACCCGCCGCAUCCAGUAUGUGUGCUUCUACUUCUGGUUUGCUGUGAGUGUUGCGUGUUCGCUUUCUAACUCCCUCCGCCUCCAGCGGUUUCUUUGAGUCAGGACAUAAUGCUUGUGGUGUGUGGAGACUUGCUGCAUAUUUAAGUUUUUACUCAUCUACUUCGGGAGGCUUUUGAUCACGUGUUUGGCCUGGUAAAGGGACUUUUUUGUCAUUUUUGCAUAUCCUCCUCUUCCAGGGAGUCCUGUCUCUGCAGCCAAGGUUACCCCAAAGUUGCUUGGAGCCCUUGAAAGUAAGAGGCUGGGUUUCCAGCAUCAUUUUAGCUGUUAGCAGCUGGAGAAGAGGGAGGCUCCUUUUCGGCAGGGCUGGCUUCUUCCUUAGCGCUUCAGCAGUGGGUGGUGCUGUACCCCUCUGACAUUCUUGCUCUGUGAAACUCCUCUUAACAGUGGUGGACUGGUGACCAAUGGGGUCGGUGGGGCGGAAGGCCGGGGAGCCCAGCAAGAGCCAGAGCCAAUGCUAAGUCAACUAAUCCUAAUUUUGCUCCCCUCCUCCUCCUCUUGCUUGCUGAGCACUGCAAGGGCAACAUUAGGACUAAGGAGGAAGAAGCUGACAAGCAGGGCCACUCUCUGAACUGGAUGUAAGUAAGAAGGCAGAGAAGUGGUCAGCUGGCUGAGAGUAGUGCCCCGGCCGCCCUCACGGACUGUCGUCCACUGUCUUUAAAGCACAAGAGGUAUGUCCCACAUAAUAACCGUAGUAUCAACAUCUUCUCUCCAGUUGUCCAACAAUGAUUCCAACUCCCAUCAGCCCCAACCAGCGUGGCCAAUAGUCAGGGAUGAUGGGAGAUGUGGUUCAGCAACAUCUGGAGGGCACCACGUUGUUUACCCGUGCACUACAACAGUCCCAUCACGCACACGCACACAUUCUAACAGGAGAUCCUGUUGGUGUGUUAAUACUCCCUGAUUUCGUUUACACUUGAACGAAUACCACCACCUCCUUGGUUCCUCCUAUCCACUUAAAAAACAACAACACGGCGGUUUCACUCCAGCUUGGCAGACAGGUUUCGAACUGUGAACUUUACUGCAACAUGGAGCGUGAAUGGAGGAGGAGGAGGGGGAAGACUGUCUCUGGGAUUUAAUUGUGAUAAUUUCCUACCCUCUAAUGAAAGUCUAGACAGCCCCAAAUGCAAGAGUGUCAGGGUGAGCGAUUGAUUGCCCCCAGUGCCCUGCAGCCAGCGUGUGUUGCAAAGUAGCGCCGGCUGUGGAAUGAGUCUUAAGUGUUCUGCUGCUUUUUUUAAAAAUGGGUGCCUUUGCACAACACUUCAUUAAAUGGACUGGACGCCGCUUGCUCUGUUUGACACGACGUUCACCCACCUCAUGCGCGAGCCAUUUCUCUUGCAAGCCCCACAGCAACGGGGUGUGAUAUUUUUACACCCAAGAGGGUGCUGAGGAGGAAGGGAUCUGGCAAAUCGAGCAGAAUCUUUUCUUAAAGCAAGCUUCUGGCUCUCAUUGCUGCAGAGAACAGCUUGCCAGCUUUCUGACUUUAAAAAAAAAAUACACAGAAAAAUAUCCUGGUAGGGAAUCCAAUGCUUGGGAGGGAACAUUUUUUGCUACUUUGCACAGUUAUGAAGCUUCCAAAUUUCUGUCCUCUGUGGCACGUCAGGCAGAGCGGUGGCCCUAAGGCUCGCCAGGUUGGAACGGGGCAAGGCAGCAGCAAGGUUCAGGGGGAGCUGCAGGUGGUUGGUGAUGGGGGCAGCGCCUGCAUGUGCACUGCAGGGCCACCAACCCAGAACGCCCCCAACCUAGGCACCUCCCUCAUCCUGCUGAGUGCAGUGCCGCUGCCAGGAGGGCACCGCUGCUGCUCCUCCUUCCCCCUCACGCGCCACUGCUGCUGGUUAUUCCGCUUUCAACUGCCUCCCCUAGAAUGAUGUCAGCAUUUCCCAGCUUUACUUUCCUGGUUUCUCCAUCAUUCACUGACAAUUCAAAGUGUGUGCAGUGACUCCCUCCUUCCCAUCUCCCCCCCCCCCCAAAAGGACAGAUCUUGCAGUUCCGACAACUGGAGUAUAAAUGAAUGUAGGUCAGUUUGAUUUCAUUGAAUUCCAGCUGCUCAAUUUGGGGACUUUAUUUUGUUAGUGCAAAAUUCCAGACCCCUUUCCUCAGUGCUGUGUCUACUGUGUGAUGGGGUGUGUGUGGGAGCACCUAUUUAAAAAAAAAAAAAAAAAAAAACCUGCCAAGGGGACCCAAAUUCUGCAAACAGGAAAAGCUGGAUUCUCUUCCCUGUAUAGAUCCAGACAAAUUUAUAUAGGCUUCCGUACUUUCCCUUCCUCCUGCCCCCCUGCUAGUCCAGAUCUACAGCCAGCCACCCAAAGCGCUGAACUCCAAAGAGAAAUUUCCUGAACCACUAAUAAAUCCCUCCCCUGCCUUAAGGACUAGAAACUUUUAAAAAAGAACGUGGUGUGUAGAAUCCCUCUAGUGGUACCAGCUCCUUUGCUUGUGCCGUGCAACGGUAGUGAAACCGCAAGCCCUGUCUCUUAACUACAUGCAGCUUGAAUAGCACCUUUAUAUUGAUGCCAUGUGCAAGUACUCUAGGUCACAUUUAAAGCACAUUUAAUACUCAUUUAAAGCACAUGGCUUCCCCCAAAGAAUCCCAGGAAGUCGUUUGUAAGGCUGCUGGGAAUUGUAGCUCUGCAAGGAGUACAACUACAGUACCCAAGAUUCCUUGGGGGAAACCACGUGCUUCACAUGUGCAUUCAGUGUGUUGCCCGGAUGUGAGCACAGAGUGGGGAGGUGGACAGUAAGUUGACUGGGAUCUUCUGGUAGCUGCCUGGGUAAUUUUUCAAUAGGGUUUCAGAUUCCUGAUAGUUUUAACAACAGCGACUGCAAGCCUCUUCUCCCUCUUCCCCAAAAUAAGCUGCUGAAACAAAAACAGGCGGGGCAGGAAAAGAACCAGGAGUGGAUUUUUGCGUGGAGGGCCUGUGAGCUCACUUCGGAUGCUGAAAGCAGAGGGUAGACCCAUUGAAAUUGAUCAGCAUGACUAGGAUAAGCCUAUUAGUUUCAUUGGGUCUGCUCUAAGGAAACCUUAAGUUGGAUACCACCCAGUUUCCUUGUGGAGCAUAUGUCCCUAUUUCUUGUUCCUUAAUUUUAAGUGAAGGUGUGCUCUCCUGAGCUGCUACUUUGGCCCUGGCCCUGGCCGGUAGACCUUGGGGUCCUAGUAAAAAACACCACCACAAAUGGAUCCUGCCAUCCUGAAGUCUGCCCCUCCCAGCUGAAGAGGAGCAAUUUGGUUGCUUUAGAGAUCAUCUUAGUUACCUUGAUACUGAAUGUGGACGUGACACUCAGGUCUUGCUUGCGGGCUUCCACUAGGCAUCUGGUUGGCCACUGUUAAGAACAGAUUGCUGGGCUAGGUGGGGCCUCUGGCCUGAUCCAGCAGCCAGGCUCUUAACGUUAUUUUGGGGAGGAGGUAAGCAUGUCUUUUUUUUUAUGCAGCAGCGGAUUGGUGGAGCUGCAACAGCAACCGUCUGCACAAAAACAGAGGUGGGCAGGCCUUGCUGUGGGCUUAUUAAUACACCCACGCUUACACAUGCACGCUCGCCGCCCUACGACCACAGCACAACAGUGUGAAUGGGCCAUCGCAGGUCUUAAUACAACAGCCUUUCGCUUUUAGCUGGGAUUGAGCUGCCUGUUGAGUAUGUGCGGGAGCCAGUCGCAGUGAAGAAACACAUGCUUUCGGGAAGUGGGUCAGACUGGGGUGGGUGGGCCUGUUACACUCGGUGUACUCCAGAAAGGUGCGUUUUGGGGUGUGGUGUGGACAAAGGAGGUGCUACUGUGAAGCCUGACCCUAUUGCAGUCUAGCAGUAUUAACACAACAGGACAUUUCUGUAUGCGUUUGCUCUUUGUAUUCACGGCAAGAAAUUUUGAUAUAAAAACAUUCCCCUUUCUCCUUC